GAGGCUGUACAGAAGUGUCCAGCAGACCAUGAAUUGAGCAGUGAUCCCAGACCGUUCAUGAGCACAGUGUGAGACGUGCCGAGACCCACCACCUAGCAAGCCCCCCGCCCCAGCACUGAAGACCCUCGGAGAAGAUGGGGAGGAAAAAGAUUCAGAUCCAGCGAAUCACUGAUGAGCGAAACCGACAGGUGACAUUCACCAAGCGGAAGUUUGGGCUAAUGAAGAAGGCGUACGAGCUCAGCGUGCUGUGUGACUGUGAGAUCGCACUUAUCAUCUUCAACCACUCCAACAAGCUGUUCCAGUAUGCCAGCACUGACAUGGACAAGGUGCUGCUCAAGUACACGGAGUACAACGAGCCCCAUGAGAGCCGCACCAAUGCCGACAUCAUUGAGACCCUAAGGAAGAAGGGUUUCAACGGCUGCGACAGCCCGGAGCCCGACGGGGAGGACUCACUGGAGCAGAGCCCCCUGCUGGAGGACAAGUACCGGCGCGCCAGCGAGGAGCUCGACGGGCUCUUCCGGCGCUAUGGGUCAGCUGUCCCAGCCCCCAACUUUGCAAUGCCUGUCACGGUGCCCGUGUCCAAUCAGAGCUCACUUCAGUUCAGCAAUCCCAGCGGCUCCCUGGUCACCCCUUCCCUGGUGACGUCAUCCCUCACGGAUCCUCGGCUCCUGUCCCCCCAACAGCCAGCUCUGCAGAGGAACAGUGUGUCUCCUGGACUGCCCCAGCGGCCAGCCAGUGCAGGGGCCAUGCUGGGGGGAGACCUCGGCAGUGCUAAUGGAGCUUGCCCCAGCCCUGUCGGGAAUGGCUAUGUCAGUGCACGAGCUUCCCCUGGCCUCCUCCCUGUGGCCAAUGGCAACAGCCUCAACAAAGUCAUCCCUGCCAAGUCGCCACCCCCACCCACCCACAGCGCCCAGCUUGGAGCACCCAGCCGCAAGCCUGACCUUCGGGUCAUCACAUCCCAGGGAGGAAAGGGGUUAAUGCAUCACUUGACUGAGGACCAUUUAGAUUUGAACAAUGCCCAGCGCCUUGGGGUCUCCCAGUCUACCCACUCGCUCACUACCCCGGUGGUUUCCGUGGCAACACCAAGUUUACUCAGUCAGGGCCUCCCCUUUUCUUCGAUGCCCACCGCUUACAACACAGAUUACCAGUUGACCAGUGCAGAGCUCUCCUCCUUACCAGCCUUCAAUUCGCCUGGGGGACUGUCGCUAGGCAACGUCACCGCCUGGCAACAGCCACAACAGCCACAGCAGCCACAACAGCCACAGGCUCCACAGCAACAGCCGCAACCACAGCAGCCACAGCCUCAGCAGCCGCAACAGCCACCUCAGCAACAACCCCACCUGGUCCCUGUAUCUCUCAGCAACCUAAUCCCGGGUAGUCCACUGCCCCAUGUGGGUGCUGCCCUCACUGUCACCACCCACCCCCACAUCAGCAUCAAGUCAGAACCUGUGUCCCCAAGUCGUGAUCGCAGUCCUGCACCUCCUCCUCCAGCUGUGUUUCCGGCUGCCCGUCCUGAGCCUGGCGAUGGUCUCAGCAGCCCGGCUGGGGGCUCCUAUGAGACAGGGGACCGGGAUGACGGACGGGGAGACUUCGGGCCCACGCUGGGCCUGCUGCGCCCUGCCUCAGAGCCUGAGGCUGAGAGCUCAGCUGUGAAGAGGAUGCGGCUCGAUACCUGGACAUUAAAGUGACGAUUCCCUCUCCCCUCCUCUCAGCUUCCCUGAUGAAGAGUUGACAAUCUCACCACCCACCCCUCCUAGUCCCGGGCUCCUCCCGCUCGACCCCACUUCCUUUCUUGUGCUCCAUGUCCUGUUGACGGUUACAUUUGUGUAUAAUUAUUAUUAUUAUAUUAUU